CCACCCGAACUCGGGCGAGGAAGGGCUGCUGCUGCCAUGCUGGACUUCGCUAUCUUCGCCGUCACUUUCCUGCUGGUCCUGGUGGGGGCCGUCCUUUACCUCUACCCGGUAAAGGCUGCACCGCGCGCGCCGGGAGAUCAAAGGGGAGAUCAAAGGGGUUCUAGAAUCUUGGGGCGCCGGGAGAAAGUGCCCGCGCGGAAGCGGCUGGCGCGUCCCCCGCAGCGCUAAUGGCUUUACUGGGGAGGGAGUCCCGUCGCUGGGUUUUGAGUUAGUGGCACUUAGUUCCGGGUGAGCCUGCACCGGAAGUAAGGUGUGUUUUUUUUAAAAGCAUAAUAAUAAUAAUAAUAAUAAUAAUAAUUUAUUUAUACCCCGCCCAUCUGGCUGAGUCUCCCCAGCCACUCUGGGCAGCUCCCAAUCAAGUGUUAAAACCAGAACAGCAUUAAAUACUGUAUUAAAAACUUCCCUGAACAGGGCUGCCUUCAGAUGUCUUUUGAAGAUAGGAUUGUUGCUUAUUUCCUUCACACCUGAAGGGAGGGUGUUCCACAGGGUGGGCGCCACCACCAAGAAGGCCCUGUGCCUGGUUCCCUGUAACCUCACUUCUCGCAAUGAGGGAACCGCCAGAAGGCCUUCGGCGCUGGACCUCAGUGUCCGGGCAGAAUGAUGGAGGUGGAGACGCUCCUUCAGGUAUACAGGACAGAGGCCGUUUAGGGCUUUAAAGGUCAGCACCAACACUAUGAAUUGUGCUCGGAAACAGCACAAGCAGAUAUUACUCUAGCGGACAUUCCUGCAUUGCAGGGAGUUGGGCUACUCAGAAGUAAGUCCGAAGUUCUUCCCCUCCAACGAUUCUGGCCGCAGCACUUGACCCAUAGCUGUCAACCUUCCCUUUUUUUUGCGGGGAAUUCCCUUAUUCCAGCGCCGUUUCCCGCUGCUAUCCCGGAUUAUUAGAUAUCCUGUAGACAGGUGAGGCUGCUGAUCCCUUAUUUUCAAGGCUGCUGAUCCCUUAUUUUCAAAUCUGAAAGUUGACAGCUAUGGCUUGACCCCAACUCUGAACAGACUACGGGACCCAGAAUCCUUUGAGGGAGGGAUCGCGCCUCCAAUACGCUUUAAAGGCAUUUUUGCAAAGUGGGGACUACAGUUCCCAUCGUCCCUGACCGCUGUCACAGCUUGCUAAGGAUGAUGGGAGUUGUAGUCCCUAAAAAACAGACAGGGAUUCGAAAUUUUGGCGUAGUGUGUACAUGUGCAGCUGAGCAGGGCAGAAACCACAGGAGAUGAAAGCAAGGUGGUCUUUUCGAGGAGGAGGGGGCUAAACUUCAGGAGCAACUUUCCAGUAGGUAAUAAUAAUAAUAAUAAUAAUAAUAAUAAUAAUUUAUACCCCACCCAUCUGGCUGGGUUUCCCCAGCCCCUCUGGGUGGCUUCCAACAAAGUAUUAAAAUACAGUAGUUUGUUAAACCUUAAAAGCUUCCCUAAUCAGGGCUGCCUUCAGGUGUCUUCUAAAAGUCAGAUAGCUGCUUAUUUCCUUGACAUCUGAUGGGAGGGAGUUCCACAGGGAGGGCGCCACUACUGAGAAGGCCCUCUGUAACUUGGCUUCUCACAGGGAGGGAACCGCCAGAAGGCCCUCGGCGCUGGACCUCAGUGUCCUGGUGGUUUAUCCUUGGCUAUGAGCCAUGGCUGCGGAUGUGCGACCUGAUGUUCUGCAUGUUUAACGGGAGUAAGGCCCUCGCUGAAGUCGGUGGGGCUUUCCACUUAGUACAGGUACGCAAGUUUGCUGGCUGACAAUACGGUCUUAAUAGUUGUUUAUUCAGAGGUUGGAUGCAAGGGGGACUGCUCCCUCGCGAGUGUGUUGAGGAUCACAGCCCUUCGCAAAGGAGCCCACCAUCUUCCUAGCAAGCCAGUUCUACUCUGACUGGCGGGGGUUGCCCUGAUUCGAACUCGGAUCACGUUUCACAUACAAAGGGUCCCGCUUUUUUCAGGGUCAGGUCAGGAAAGACUGCUGCCUCAAACCCCUGGGAAUGUGCUGCCGUUUGAUAUCUUGAGUUGAUCUAUCUUUCUGCCCUUUGAGCAUUUCAAACUUGGGGAGGGGGGGAAAUACCAGUUCAAGAAGGACACUGACAAACUGGAACGUGUCCAGAGGAGGGCAACCAAAAUGGUCAAAGGCCUGGAAACGAUGCCUUAUGAGGAACGGCUAAGGGAGCUGGGCAUGUUUAGCCUGGAGAAGAGGAGGUUAAGGGGUGAUAUGAUAGCCAUGUUCAAAUAUAUAAAAGGAUGUCAUAUAGAGGAGGGAGAAAGGUUGUUUUCUGCUGCUCCAGAGAAGCGGACACGGAGCAAUGGAUCCAAACUACAAGAAAGAAGAUUCCACCUAAACAUUAGGAAGAACUUCCUGACAGUAAGAGCUGUUCGACAGUGGAAUUUGCUGCCAAGGAGCGUGGUGGAGUCUCCUUCUUUGGAGGUCUUUAAGCAGAGGCUUGACAACCAUAUGUCAGGAGUGCUCUGAUGGUGUUUCCUGCUUGGCAGGGGGUUGGACUCGAUGGCCCUUGUGGUCUUUUCCAACUCUAUGAUUCUACGAUUCUACUUUUAGAUAUCCACUGCUGCUUUAUAAUGGUCUCGCUUAGUACAUCUGUACUAAUGUGCAGCACAUAAUAUUGAUGUUCCAUUCAAGAUGUUCCAUUCAUUCCAUUCAAGGAUUGUGGUUAUGAUUAUUGCUCCUUUCCUUCCUUAGUCUUCCAGACAGGCUUCAGGUAUCCCAGGGAUGACUCCGACGGAUGAAAAGUAAGUAGCUUCUUACAUGUUCGAUUGGGGCAGCAACGGGAAAUCGUGUCUCCAGAUGUUGCUGUGCUACAACUCACAUCGUCCCUGACCAUUGGGCAAGCUGAUCAAGGCUGAUGGGAGUUGGAAUCCAGCAAAACUUGGCAAGCCGCAGGUUUUCCACGCUUGAUCAAGGGCGUGAAUCUUUUCCCCUCCGUGCACAGAGGAGUAAUAUUUUUGUGCACAAACGGGGGGCGGAGGGGUGUUCUGGUCUUUCUUGGGUAACUGUACCUCUGAAGGACCAGGUGCGCAGCCUGGGAGUCGUUUUGGACUCACAGCUGAACACGAAGCCUCAGGUCAAUUCUGUGUCCAGGACAGCUGUUUAUCAGCUCCAUCUGGUAGGCAGGCUGAGACCCUACCUGCCCGCGGACUGUCUCGCCAGAGUGGUGCAUGCUCUGGUGAUUUUCCGCUUGGACUACUGCAAUGCGCUCUACGUGGGGCUACCUUUGAAGGUAACCUGGAAACUACAGUGGUACCUCGGGUUAAGUACUUAAUUCGUUCCAGAGGUCCGUUCUUAACCUGAAACUGUUCUUAACCUGAAGCACCACUUUAGCUAAUGGGGCCUCCUGCUGCUGCCGCACCGCCAGAGCACGAUUUCUGUUUUCAUCCUGAAGCAAAGUUCUUAACCCGAGGCGCUAUUUCUGGGUUAGCGGAGUCUGUAACCUGAAGCGUAUGUAACCUGAAGUGUAUGUAACCCAAGGUACCACUGUACAACUAAUCCAGAAUGCGGCAGCUAGACUGGUGACUGGGAGCAGCCGCCAGGAACAUAUAACACCGCUCCUGAAAUACUUACAUUGGCUCCCAGAACGUUUCUGAGCACAAUUCAAAGUGUUGGUGCUCACCUUUAAAGCCCUAACUGGCCUCGGCCCAGAAUACCUGAAGGAGCGUCUCCACCGCCAUCGUUCAGUCUGGACACUGAGGUCCAGCGCCGAGGGCCUUCUGGCAGUUCCCUCAUUGCGAGGAACCAGACAGAGGGCCUUCUCGGUAGUGGAACGCCCUCCCAUCAGAUGUCAAGGAACUAAACAACUACCUGACUUUUAGAAGACACCUGAAGGCAGCCCUGUUUAGGGAAGUUUUUAAUGUCUGAUUUUUUAUUGUAUUUUUAAUAUUCUGUUGGGAGCCGCCCAGAGUGGCUGGGGAAACGCAGCCAGAUGGACAGGGUAUAAAUAAAUUAUUAUUAUUAUUAUUACUACUAUUACUACUACUACUGCUGCUGCUGCUGCUGAUACUCUUGCCCUCUUGUUCAUGAGGGCCGUCACAUCCCUGGGCACCCCAUUGGCAGCAAAGCAUACUCUUUGCUGUGUCCAGUGGCUCCACCAGGAGCAUUCAGAAGUGGAGAUCUCUGGAUGGAGUGCAUGGAACUCCAUCAGGUCUUCAAGUGCUAUAGGUUUGUCACCAACUGCAACAUGCCUACCAUAGCAAAGGUUUUCCAUGGCACAGACAAUAAUGCCGACUUGGGCAGUGGAGGGUUCUAAUGGGACCCCCUAUAUCUUUGCAUGUUCAGAAUUUUGAUGGCAAAUUGUAUGGGUGAUAUUCAAUUGACCAAGCUGUUCAUUAAUUUCAGUGGAGUAAAAUUUAGUUGCCCUACCACCCGGUGGUCAUCUCUGUCCUUUCUUCGUUCCAGAGAUGGAAACCUCCCAGAUAUCAUCGCUAGCGGUAGUUUGCAUGAGUUCCAGGUGAAUCUUCAUGAGAAAUACGGCCCUGUGGUCUCUUUCUGGUUUGGACGGCGUCUUGUGAUUAGUCUCGGGUCCAUGGAUCUCCUCAAACAGCACAUCAACCCCAACAAGACCUGUGAGUGCUCUUCCUUCCGGGUGUUUACAAAAAAACGAGUUGGGUUUGAACCGUAGAAAUGACCACAUUUAUUGUGGGAUAAGCUUUUGAGGCGGGAUGCGGGUGGCGCUGUGGUCUAAACCACUGAGCCUUGGGCUUGCCGAUCGGAAGGUCGGUGGUUCAAAUCCCCACGACGGGGUGAGCUCCCGUUGCUCGGUCCCAGCUCCUGCCAACCUAGCAGUUUUAAAGCACACCAGUGCAAGUAGAUAAAUAGGUACUGCUCCGGCGGGAAGGUAAACGGCAUUUCCGUGCGCUGCUCUGGUUUUGCCAGAAGCGGCUUACUCAUGCUGGCCACAUGACCCAGAAAAACUGUUUGCGGACAAACGUCGGCUCCCUCGGCCAGUAAAGUAAGAUGAGCGCCGCAACCCUGGAGUCGUGCGCGACUGGACUUAACUGUCAGGGGUCCUUUACCUUUACCUUUAAGCUUUUGAGAGUGGCGGCCUGUUUCAUAGCGCAAGAGCUCAAAGCCGCCAGUGAUCUCUGCGUGUGUGAGAGAGGGAGACGCUCAAAACGUUGCUGCUGCAGAGCAGAAGAGAUGUUUGACCCCAGAGGCUGCAGUUUACUUGACUCUGACAACUAUUUAAAUUUCUCCUGAUGCUUUUUGAAAAGCUCCUUGCCUUAGAGGAGCGUGGUAACCACGUCUCUGCUCACACCUUUUCCUUUCAGGUGCAAAUAAAGGUUACGGGGUUCCUUGGGCAAGCCUGCUUGCCAAAGAGAUAGUUUGGAAGCAAUUUUUGUAUUUAUUUACCCGUUGUUAGGCACGUGUUUAGUAACACUUAAAAAUGGUUUCUGGACAGCUGGACACCCAACGCCUAACCAAAGCCGUCGACUUCAUGGCCUUAAGGGAUCUUUGGACGGUCAUAUGUAUUACAGUGGUACCUCGGGUUAAGUACUUAAUUCGUUCCGGAGGUCUGUUCUUAACCUGAAACUGUUCUUAACUUGAAGCACCACUUUAGCUAAUGGGGCCUCCUGCUGCUGCCGCACCGCUGGAGCACGAUUUCUGUUCUCAUCCUGAAGCAAAGUUCUGAACCUGAAGCACUAUUUAUGGGUUAGUGGAGUCUGUAACCUGAAGCGUAUGUAACCCGAGGUACCACUGUACUGGGUUCACUUCUUUUUAAAAAAGUAUUAAACUUGCUGUGUGGCAUUUGGGGGCAUUUUUGCUCAUGCCGCUGCAUGGAUCCCCGGGCUUCUGCCUAUAAUUAUUAUUAUUAUUAUUAUUAUUAUUAUUAUUAUUAUUAUUAUGAUGUCACUCUUCUGACUGGAUUGCCCCAGCCAUGCUGGGCGGCUCUCAGCAAAAUAUUUUUUUUUUAAAAUAAUUUUUAUUAAAAUUUCAAUAAAAAUUAAACAAAAAAACAUAAAAGUAGAAAUACAAAAACACACAAUACAUAAUCCAAGAAGAAAAAGAAAACACAGAAAACAGAAUACAAAACAAGAACUAAAAAGAAACAAAACAAUUAAAAACAAUAUCACUUUUCCAUUUCCGUUUUUAAAUUUACUUAUUUUCUGGACUUCCUCAUACCUCCCUCUUUUGUAUUCCAGUCCAAAUUGUUUGUCCAGCAAUUUCUUUUCCACUUUUUUAAUCCCAAUCUUUAAACUUAAUAUAAUAUGUAACUCUUAAAACUUCUUUAAUCCUAAUCUUUAAUCUUAAUGUAAUAUAACAUUAAAUUUUUACCUCUUAAGUACCAAAUUUCCAUUUCCUUAAACAUCUUUAAUCCUAAUCUUAAAUCUUAGUCUAUCAAUCACUUUAACCUGUACAGCUAGAAGCCACUUAUUUUCGAUCCAACAUCAUUCUAACAUUCUUUAAUUUUGCAAUGUUUCUGAAGAUAAUCUUUGAAUUUCUUCCAAUCUUCCUCCACCGACUCUUCUCCCUGGUCACGGAUUCUACCAGUCAUUUCCGCCUGUUCCAUAUAGUCCAUCAGUUUCAUCUGCCAUUCCUCCAGCGUGGGAAGUUCUUGUGUCUUCCAGGCUCUCAGCAAAAUAUUAAAAACACAGUAAAGCAGGGGUCAGCAACCUUUUUCAGCCGUGGGCCGAUCCACCGUCCCUCAGAGCAUGUAGUGGGCCAGACUAUAUUUUUUUGGGGGUGGGUGGGAAUGAACGAAUUCCUGUGCCCCAUAAAUAACUCAGAGAUGCAUUUUAAAUAAAAGCACACAUGCUACUCAUGUAAAAACAUGCUGAUUCCCGGACCAUACGCAGGCUGGAUUGAAAAGGCGAAUGGGCCGCAUCCGGCCAACGGGCCUUAGGUUGCCUACCCCUGCAGUAAAGUACCAGCCAUUAAAAAGCUUCCCUGAACAGGGCUGCCUUCAGAUGUCUUGUAAAAGUCAAAUAGUUGUUUAUCUCCUUGACAUCUGAUGGGAGGGUGUUCUUCAGGGAGGGCGCCACUACCAAGAAGGCCCCGUGCCCAGUUCCCCGUAGCUUCACGUCUCUGGCAGGGAGGGAACCGCCAGAGGCAUCAAAAGCAGGGCAUCACGGACGUCAAACAGAAGCCGAGGCGGCUUCUGCGAAUCCAUAAUAUCCCGCUGAAUUUGGCACAGCCGGGUGGUGUGGUGUUCAAGCCACCGUGAAUCUCAUUGGAUGACCUUGGACCAAUGGACGCCUCUUCUGCCUAACCUAUCUCGCAGGAUCGUUGUGAGGAUUAAAUGGGGAGCUGUGAAAUCUAAUGCAAGAAAUUAAGUGUGGAAAGCCGUGUGUUCGGGUUGGGGUGGCAUGGAGUUCAGUCCUUGCCCAGCCAGGACGCCCACCGAGAGGUGACCUUGGUGCUAUUGUUGCCCCUCACAGGGGUAUGAAAGGAAAAUAAGUUAGAUGUGGAUCGCAUGGCACUAUAACUGCCCUGAGACCUCUGGGUAUAAAUUCAAUAAAUACAGUGGUAUCUCGGGUUACAUACGCUUCAGGUUACAUACGCUUCAGGUUACAGACUCCGCUAACCCAGAAAUAUUACCUCAGGUUAAGAACUUUGCUUCAGGAUGAGAACAGAAAUCGGGCUCCGGCGGUGCAGCAGCAGCAGGAGGCCCCAUUAGCUAAAGUGGUGCUUCAGGUUAAGAACAGUUUCAGGUUAAGAACAGACCUCCAGAACAAAUUAAGUUCUUAACCUGAGGUACCACUGUAGAACACAGGAAGGGCAUCUUCCCCAGAAUAUGGUCAUUUAUGGACUAUUUAGCGAAGUAGACCCUCCCCCCUGAUUUUCAUAGUUAAAAAUGAAUGUAACAGCCACAUGACUGAGAAAUGUAUAUGUAUAGGUUAAGAACAGUUUCAGGUUAAGUACAGACCUCCAGGACGAAUUAAGUACUUAACCUGAGGUACCACUGUAAUAAUAACAACUAUAAUUAAGAACGCAAGGGAGACUGGAUAUUUGAAGACACAAGAAUUACAAGCAAUUUGUGACAUAACACGAAAUGUUCCUCUUUGAGUCUACUUUGUUUUGUUUUUGCUUUUAUGCUUUUUCAGUCAAAAGUAAUACAAUUGGUUCAAACAGAAAUUGUUUUAAGCUCCAUAAGAACAGCUUCCCGCAUAUUGCAAAGUGCAUUUCUGACAAGCACCCCCAGGGUUACGGUGGUUGUUGUUAUUUCUUAAAUUAAUUUAUUAAAUUUGCAUACCGGCCUUCAUCUGAAGACUGCGGGAAGGUUUGUGACCUAAAAACACAAGGUGAAAACACAAAAUACCUGACGACGACAGGGGGUCUGCUUCAAAUUUGGAGAGAGUGCUGUGGGCGCCGUUAACAAAAUGGCUGCCAUGGCGUCUGUGUGGCGUAACGCCAAAUGGCUGCCACAUCUGAAAGGACGGAAAAAGAUACCGGACCACAAAAUGACUGGGAGCGUGCCUCUUUCCGCAUGAAUGGGGAGAAAAGGCGCCUACAUCAGACGCCAUGCUUGCUUGCAAACAGAAGCUUUUUGCACUUUUCCUCUUCAGAACGUGGCAGAGGGUGGGUGCCCAGUAAAAUGAUCGGGGUGGGGUGGGGUUCAGUGUUGGAAAGGCUGAGUUGGCGUGGACAGAACCCAAAAGGGAAUAGCAAACAUUUAGGACUUGAUUUUUGAAGCGAUAUUUAUGGAGACCUUUUCAGGGGGCACACUGUUAUCCACGACAGACCCAUGCAUACGAACAUUUUGAAAUACUUCUGCACACAUUCCUCAGUGCGUUCCCUCUGGUGUUUCCCGCCACGGUCGUAGUAAUGCGGAGGUGCCUUUUACGUGUGGUAAAAACCCAGGAAUAUGGCAAGGAGGGGCCUCUGCGGAGAGUGCCAGCUGCAUUUUCGCUAAUUGAAUUGAACGGCAGAUGGCUUGGAGUUUUUGGCAGUGCUGGGCAGGGGAUAUUGCCGGCCAGCAAGGUGGCUUGCAUAAUAAGUGGAUUCUGCCGCAGCGCUCCUAACUGCUCUGCUGGCUUCUAAUUUAUCUCCCAUGAUUGAAAAACUCUUUCAAAGGGGACCCCUUGGUAGUUUCUUAAAGUGUGUCUCGGAAACUAAAAUGGAGGGGCAGGGCUAGAAUUGUAUGGAAGGCACCUUGUUGCAGGAAAGGUUUAAAAGCGACCCCUGACCAUUAGGUCUAGUUGUGGCCAACUCUGGGGUUGCGGUGCUCAUCUCGCUUUACUGGCCGAGGGAGCCAGUAUACAGCUUCCGGGUCAUGUGGCCAGCAUGACUAAGCCACUUCUGGUGAACCAGAGCAGCGCACGGAAACGCCGUUUACCUUCCCGCCGGAGUGGUUCCUAUUUCUCUACUUGCACUUUGACGUGCUUUCGAACUGCUAGGUUGGCAGGAGCAGGGACUGAGUAACGGGAGCUCACCCCGUCGCGGAGAUUCGAACCGCCAACCUUCUGAUCGGCAAGUCCUAGGCUCUGUGGUUUAACCUACAGCGCCACGUGCGUUCCUUAUACUCCUAUACUUAAAGGUAAAGGUAAAGGUAAAGGGACCCCUGACCAUUAGGUCCAGUUGCGGACGACUCUGGGGUUGCGGCACUCGUCUCGCUUUAUUGGCCGAGGGAGCCGGCGUACAGCUUCCGGGUCAUGUGGCCAGCAUGACUAAGCCACUUCUGGCGAACCAGAGCAGCGCACGGAAACGCCGUUUACCUUCCCGCCGGAGCGGUACCUAUUUAUCUACUUGCACUUUGAGGUGCUUUCAAACUGCUAGGUUGGCAGGAGCAGGGACUGAGUAACGGGAGCUCACCCCGUCGCGGAGAUUCGAACCGCCAACCUUCUGAUCGGCAAGUCCUAGGCUCUGUGGUUUAACCCACAGCGCCACCUGCGUCCCAGCAGGAAAGGUUAGUCAUCCGUAAAUCUAUUCCAGGGGUAGCUAAUGUGGGGGUUUUCCCAUCAGCCCUAAACAGCAUGGCCUUUGGCAUGGGUGUAGCCAACAUUUUGCAGAACUUCAGUUAGCUAUGUAUUUUUAUUGUUUUGUAUUGAUUUGGGGGAGGGUGGCAGCUGCCCCUCCCUGCCCUCCCCUUGGCUACGCCCAUGGCCAUUGGAGAGGGAUGGUGGGAGUUGUAGUUUAGCAACAUAUUAAGGGCACCGCGUCGGCCACCGCGAUCUGCUUUGGUAGGUACAAACUCUGCCCUGCUAUUUUUUGGCAAGGAAGCGAGAGAAGUAGAAACUGCUCCCCGUUAAAUGUUUUGAUGGACCUACGCGUCACUGAAUACUGCUCUUUUUGGGGAAGCCGCAGGGAUUUCUGUUGGAUUUUGGAUUUUCUCUCCCUCUGCCUAGCGGAUCCCUUUGAAACAAUGCUGAAGUCCUUGUUGCGGUACCAGUCCGGCCUCGGCGGAGAUGCAGGUGAGAGCUGCUUGAGGAAGAAGCUCUAUGAAAACGGAGUGACCAAGUGUCUGCAGAACAACUUCUCAGCCAUUCAGAAGGUGAAUCGCCUAGUCUUGAGGGCUCACUGCGUUGUUUGGUAGCAAUGUAGGUGGGUGGGUGGGUGUCUGUCUGAGCAAGGCAAGUCCCUUUUGAGGCACCGGCAAGGUGGUGGACGUAAUGAGAUGCCAAGUUAUUAGGGUUGUUGUUGUUGUUGUUUAGUCGUUUAGUCGUGUCCGACUCUUUGUGACCCCAUGGACCAGAGCACGCCAGGCACUCCUGUCUUCCACUGCCUCCCGCAGUUGGUCAAACUCAUGUUGGUAGCUUCGAGAGCACUGUCCAACCAUCUCGUCCUCUGUCGUCCCCUUCUCCUUGUGCCCUCCAUCUUUCCCAGCAUCAGGGUCUUUUCCAGGGAGUCUUCUCUUCUCGUGAGGUGGCCAAAGUAUUGGAGCCUCAGCUUCAGGAUCUGUCCUUCCAGUGAGCACUCAGGGCUGAUUUCCUUCAGAAUGAGUAGGUUUGAUCUUCUUGCAGUCCAUGGGACUCUCAAGAGUCUCCUCCAGCACCAUAAUUCAAAAGCAUCAAUUCUUCGGCAAUCAGCCUUCUUUAUGGUCCAGGUCUCACUUCCACACAUCACUACUGGGAAAACCAUAGCUUCAACUAUACGGACCUUUGUUGGCAAGGUGAUGUCUCUGCUUUUCCUAAUAUUGCUGUUGGUAAAUCUUUCAUCAUUAGCAUGCAGAAAUCUGCUUGCUUCAUCCCCAGUUAAACCUUGCCCGCUUAUUUCCAUCUUACAUUCUUUAAACUUUGCAAAGCCCCAUCUGUGCUCUGAGAUGUGAAAGCCCCCAGGUGAGUUGGCAUCCACAUGGACUUCUUUCUUGGAGGGAGCAGCUUCAUACUCUUUUCCUUGGGGACAUGCAGGCCUUUUUUUAAUGACGCGGGUGGCACUGUGGGUUAAACCACAGAGCCUAGGACUUGCCGAUCAGCAGGCUGUAGCCAUGGACAUGCUAUGUGAUCUGAUGGUGAAUUUGGGGUGACCCAAUGUAAAAAUUCUGAGGAUCCGUGGGCUUUUACCUCCCCCGUCCCAGGCAGCCUCCGCUAGCGUCCCUUAUCUCUCUUCCGAUCCCACCGAUCAGCUGUUUCCUUUCAACACUCCCUUCCCUCUUGUUUGCCUUAGUGUCUUUUCCUUAGCUGGAGCAGUAUUUUGCUCCUCCUUUUCUUCUAAUUUAUCUCCUUAUUGCUUUAGUCUUCCUGUUUCCCCCCUUUGCUGUCUUUACCUCCCCUCUCCCAGGCAGCCUCCUUUAUCUUUAGCGUCCCUUAUCUCUCUCCCCGCAAACGACCAGCGGCUUUGUUUCAACACCCACUUCCCUCUUUCAAAAAAAAAGCAUGAUCUGCUUUUUGCCCCUGGGCAAUUCGGCUCCAGGGACCACAGAUCCACUCCAUAAGAGGCACAGACAUUUCCCCUUACUUUUUAGGAAGAAAAAAUGCGUCUUAUGGAGCGAAAAAUACAGUAUAUUGUGGCAUUUUUGUAUUGGAUCAGAUUGUUAGAAGGGGUGUGAUCUUCGUUGUUUCUUCAGCUUGCAAACUGCCUUGUAUAUCUUAAUAUAGAAAGGCGGUCUAACAAAUUAAAAGCGAAAUGAAAUAUUGAUAGCUGUUGGGCGAAGACAAGUAACAAAUGCUUCCUUUACCUUAGUUCGUUCUUGAAGUCACUUGGGGGGGCAAAGCAAUGGUUUGACACAGGAUCUCUCUUCUUUUCUUCAAGCUAUCAGAUGAGCUUCUUGCAAAAUGGCUGUCCUUCCCUGAAUCUCAACAUGUGCCCCUCAGUCAGCACAUGCUUGGCUUUUCGAUGAAGGCCGUCACUCAAGCCGCAAUGGGCGGCAGGUUCGAGGAUGACCAGGAAGUGAUCCGGUUCCGUAAGAACCACGAUGCGGUAAGCGUCUGGAAAGGGAGAGAAAGAAAUGUUAUUUCUCAAGUUCUUGCUUCUGAUUGUCUUGCAAUCCCUGCACUUUUUGAUUCCCAGGCACAUUUAGCCUAAAACAGUUUAGCCCAGAGUGGAUAAAAAUCGCUGAUUAAAAAAAAAAAAAAAUCGGAUUAAAAAAAAUUUAAAUCGGAUUUUUUUAAAUUUACAUCGGAUUUUUAAAAUAAAAUGCCUUUGGAGGAAAAAUCUUUCUAAAGAUAGUUUUCUAUUUAAGUAACAUUAUAGACCAAAGGCUAUUCAUCAGGAAAUAAGGAUUUUUUAAAAGUUUUUCAUGUGUGCUAAAACUCAGGCUUAUGUUCUUUUUUAAAAAAAAAAGUUUAACCACAUCAUUAUAUGCUAUAAUGUUAUUGUUUUAGCUAAAUUGUUUAAAUUGUUAUUAAGGAAAUGAUUGCUUUUCUCCUUCCAAUUAAGUACAUCAGGAAAGUUGUCCAAAUAUAAACAAUUAACUUAUUAAACCUCACAAUAAUUUCAUAACUAUGUAUUUCUAAUAGUAUAACCAAAUCAGUAAUUUUUAUAUAACUGUAAAAACUACUCUGAAAAUUUAUUAUUCCAAAAAUGAAAGCUUCAUGUGAUGGUAAAUAUUAAGAUGAUACCAGCAAGAAUGAGUCUUUCUGUAAAAAAAAAGAUUUAAUUCAAGUCCUACUGACAAGUGAUUUAAAUUGUGAUUUAAAUCAAAUCCACCCUGAUUUAGGCACAAUCUCUUGCAGAGAGACCGUCUCUGGGAAUUAUUGGAGCCGGCAUAGGCAAACUCGGCCCUUCAGAUGUUUUGAGACUACAAUUCCUACCAUCCCUGACCACUGGUCUUGUUAGCUAGGGAUCAUGGGAGUUGUAGUCCCAAAACAUCUGGAGGGCCGAGUUUGCCUAUGCCUGUAGUGGACUGUUUGCUUGGGUUUCCCUUGGCGGGACUUCUGUGGGUUUGGCUGGGAGAAUCCCACAGCAAUCAGUUUCGUAAAUUCAUUCCUCUGUUAGCAGACAGCUCAGAGAAUGCUGUGUCGCUCUUCAGAGUGGCUCUAACCAUUGCUCCUUUCCGGGGAAGUCACUGGGGUGGAGUAUUACCUUCACUACAACAAACCUGUGAGAGAGGCUAGGAUUCUGGGAAUUCUUCAUGGGGUGGGUUUUAAUUGCCCUCUAGCAAGGGGGGCGACAGGAACCCCAGUCUUCCUCUCUAGUCGGGCUGGGAUGUGAGUGAAUAUUGUCCCUGCAGUUGUGCUAGCCUUUAAGGGACUUAGCAGAGGUGUUAAAGACCUGUGGGAAUGUUUAGGGAUGCGGGGGAGGAUAUAUUGUCUAAGAUAUCCUAUCCCAACCUGUCUUUACAAGUUCAACAAAAUCAGCAGAGUUAACAUUCCCCCUUUUUAAAACACACACACACAGCAGAUAGCUUGCUCAGACUCAUUAGAGUCUCGUGCUUUGGCGGCGCGGCAGCAGCAGGAGGCCCCAUUAGCUAAAGUGGUGCUUCAGGUUAAGAACAGUUUCAGGUUAAGAACGGACCUCCGGAACGAAUUAAGUACUUAACCCGAGGUACCACUGUACGUAAAUCCGGCACUGCUCCCACCAGCUGCAAGGUAGAGAUGAAGGCUGUGGUGGACUUUUUUCUUGGUCUUGCAAGGCUUAGUGACACCAAACCGAGCCCCAGCCUUUGCCUCCAACUCCAGAGGAAAGAUGGGGACUGAUGUUUUUGAUACCCAAGGUGUCCAGAGCGAUAGCAUUGCGUGGAGAGGAGGGGCAGAUUUCUGCCCACGGCCAACUUUGACAAAACGAAACGGUGAACCCCUCAUGGAGACAUUUGCCCAUAGCCACUCGGCCAGCUUCCUAAGCGAGCAUGGAUUUGAAAAUGAGCUUUUUUGCACCCUAACGUUCUCAUUGCCAUGGAUCUGAUUAUGCCUUUCGCUCAUAAAUAAAUAUAAUCUCACAAGUACAGUGGUACCUUGGUUCUCAAACUUAAUCCGUUCUGGAAAUCCAUUCCAAAACCAAAGCAUCUCAAAACCAAGGUGCGCUUUCCCAUAGAAAGUAAUGCAAAAUGGAUUAAUCCGUUCCAGACUUUUCAAAGCAACCCCUAAAACAGCAAUUUAACCUGAAUUUUACAAUCUAACGAGACCAUUGAUCGAUAAAAUAAAAGCAAUGAAUAAUGUACUGCAGUCACACAAUCAAUCAGUAGCUGAACUGGGUUCCAUGCAGUCACAAAAACAAAAAAAGAGACACAAAAAUGCAAAAUACCGUAUUUUUUGCUCUAUAAGACUCACUUUUCCCCUCCUAAAAAGUAAGGGGAAAUGUGUGUGCGUCUUAUGGAGUGAAUGCAGGCUGUGCAGCUAUCCCAGAAGCCAGAACUGCAAGAGGGAUCGCUGCUUUCACUGCGCAGCGAUCCCUCUAGCUGUUCUGGCUUCUGAGAUUCAGAAUAUUUUUUUUCUUGUUUUCCUCCUCCAAAAACUAGGUGUGUCUUGUGGUCUGGAGCGUCUUAUAGAGUGAAAAAUACGGUAAAUAACAAAAACAGACCUCAGCGUAACACUCAAAACGGAAGUGUGGCACUCAAAUCAGAAGUGUAACACUCAAAACGGCCUCCGAAAAAGACUUGCACACCGGAACACUUACUUCCGGGUUUGCAGUGUUUGGGUUCCAAGGCGUUUGAGAACCAAGGUACCACCGUAGUUGUAAUUUCUGUUGCCAUGAUCCCAAGUCCUGUAUUGCUGAGUUUUGUAGCCGAUCAUUUGUUGGAAGGAGCAUCCUGGCUCUGUUUCAGCAGCGCUCUUUUGGACCAUUCGGUGUGAUUUAUCCCGAGGGAUUGAUCUGCCCACUUUCUGUUAAUGGAGCCUUACCUCCAGCUGUGCCAGCAACUGCUGCGUAAGCCUUCCUCCUUGUAAAUACCGCUCUAACGCAGUAGUCGUCAAUCUACACCUAAGGCACGUUGGCUUGGAUCCUAAGGUCAGUUGACUUAAGGAAGUUCAUGGAAGAAAAGGUUCCCACCCAAACCCGCAGUUUCCUGCAAAAAAAGCACCCCUCCACCCCCAGAAGGGACGCGGGUGGCGCUGUGGGUCAAACCAGAGAGCCUAGGACUUGCCAAUCAGAAGGUCAGCGGUUCAAAUCCCCAAGACGGGGUGAGCUCCCAUUUUUCGGUCCCUGCUCCUGCCAACCUAGCAGUUCGAAAGCACGUCAAAGUGCAAGUAGAUAAAUAGGUACCGCUCCGGCGGGAAGGUAAACAGUGUUUCCGUGCACUGCUCUGGUUCGCCAGAAGCAGCUUAGUCAUGCUGGCCACAUGACCCAGAAGCUGUACGCCGGCUCCCUCGGCCAAUAAAGCGAGAGGAGCGCCGCAACCCCAGAGUCGGUCACGACUGGACCUAAUGGUCAGGGGUCCCUUUACUUUUUACCACCCCCAGAAACCAUAGCUAAGGGAAAUGAGGAGCUCUUGCUGAACCAUGUGGUUGGGGAAACCUUUUAUUCAGUGAAAUUCCUUACGUUUUGUUUUAGGAUUCGGGCCAGUGAGAGCCAGUCUCUUAUUACAAUUACAGUGGUACCUCAGGUUACAGAUGCUUCAGGUUACAGACUCCGCGAACCCAGAAAUAGUACCUUGGAUUAAGAACUUUGCUUCAGGAUGAGAACAGAAAUCAUGCUCUGGCGGCACGGUGGCAGCUGGAGGCCCCAUUAGUUAAAGUGGUGCUUCAGGUUAAGAACAGUUUCACGUUAAGAACGGACCUCCGGAACGAAUUAAGUUCUUAACCAGAGGUACCACUGUAUAGAACUAAAGCCCUAAUUUUUAUUUUUCCGGGGAGACUGAUUUAAGACAAGAUGCUUAAUAAGACUUGGAAAGAUAAUGCGAUUCAUCUGCACUUGUUUCAGAUCUGGUCAGAAAUUGGAAAGGGCUUCUUGGAUGGGUCCCUUGACAAAAGCAUGACUCGAAAAAAGCUGUAUGAAGACGGUGAGUUUAAUCCCGGGGUCCGUGCAUUAGCUCUGCAGGUGUGGAUGCGACUAUCUAUCCAGCCUGCAAAAUUCAUUUUCUUUUUGUGUGUGUGGAUGAAUUAGGUAUGCUUGCCUAUUUCUUUUUUAAAAAAAUAUUUUUUAUUGAUUUUAACAUAUAAAUUAUAAAAUGUACCACAAAACCUAUCAUUUAUACAAUCUUUUUGGACUUCCAUCAGCAGCUCUGAUGAUCCACCGUUUUAACCACUUCUUAUGCAUUUCUUAACUUUAUAUUGCCUUUACAUCUCUUAACAAAUCAUCCUCCCCCUUCUCCAUUUUUGCAAUACUUCCAAUAAUACUCCUCACAAAACUUCUUGCAAACCUACAAACGUCAUCUGAUCUUCACAAGUACUUUUCAAAUAGUCCGUAAAUUUGCUCCAGUUUUCCGUGAAUUUCUGGUCCCGCCGGUUUCGAAUCCUUCCUGUUAGUUUAUCUAGUUCUGCAUAGUCCAUUAACUUCAUCCUCCAUUCUUCAAUCGUCGAGGUAUGCUUGCCUAUUUCACAGGAUUUGCCCAGAAUGUCUUCAAAUCAAUAGGCCUUCAAAUCAGAAUGUCUUCAGACCAUUGCCCUGGAUUUGGUUCUCUUUUAACCAUUUUCACAAGAAAGAAAGAAAAACCGCAUCCUUGCCACUGCAGAGAGAGGCUUAAAAAUGUGAAGUUAAGGGUAGUUUGGUUUUAAGCAGAACUUCCAGGAGCCCUGGAGGUAUUGCUCCAGCAAUCUACUGUAGUACAGCCUCUGGCAAAUUGAAUAAGGCAGGACUUUUCAAAUAACUUUUCAAAUACUUUGUGCUGUCCUUUGCAGGCAGCUUGUUGUCCAAUGCAGCUAUUACAUCAGAUCGUUUGCCUUACUGAGUUGAACUACACGCAGCUAAGAACAUGUGGUUCUUGAACCAGUCCAAUAAUUCCUCUCUUCAUUCAUCUUCCUACUCAACAAAUCGGUGUGCCCAUUAAGUGGAUUGCACACAGCCAAAGGCCUUUACACUUUAAAAUAAACUGGGCACAUUUUGUGCAAUACUUUUCGUAUCUGUAGGCAGGGGAGAGACUCUGGUUAUUGGUUUAGUCUGAGAGCGGCUACCUGGUGACCCACAAUAUAGUCAUAUCUUGGUUCUCAAAUGCCUUGGAACUCCCAAACGCUGAAAACCGAGAAGUGUUCUGGUUUUCGAACGUUUUUCGGAAGCCGGAUGUCUGAUGUGGCUUUGGCUUGAGUGCAGGAAGCUCCUGCAGCCAAUCGGAAGCCGCACCUUGGUUUUCGAACAUUUCGGAAGUUGAACGGACGUCCGGAACAGAUUACCGUAUUUUUCACUCUGUAACACGCACCAGACCACAAGAGUUUUUGGAGGAGGAAAACAAGAAAAAAAAUAUUCUGAAUCCCAGAAGCCAGAACUGCAAGAGGGAUCGCUGCGCAGUAAAAGCAGCAAUCCCUCUUGCUGUUCUGGCUUCUGGGAUAGCUGCGCAGCCUGCAUUCGCUCCAUAAGACGCACACACAUUUCCCCUUACUUUUAAGGAGGGAAAAAGUGAGUCUUAUAGAGCAAAAAAAUACGGUAUGUUUGAGAACCAAGGUACGACUGUAUGUUGUUGAACCCCCAACUUCUAUAACCCCCCGAUAGCAUGGCCUGCCAUCAGGGAUGAUGGGAGCGUUAGUCUAGCAACGGGAUCCCUGGUAGCUAUUAUUAUUCUCUCUCUCUCUCUCACACACACACAUUUUUCAAAAGGGCACAGUAAGCAAUAAACCACGUCUGCAUUUACGUGCCAAGAAAGUGAUGCUGAGAUCUCUUGACAAUGCACUCUCUGCUCCAAAGGGGAGCUGCAUGUGAAGGGAUGUGCUUAGCUCAGAUUCCACCUCUUCAGAGUCCAAGAUGGAUGGCGGCUAAAAAUACCGUACUUAGACUUGGAGUGGUUUGUAACUUUAGGAAUGUUGUGGCUCAGUAUUCAGCUGCCUUGUAUGGGAGGAAGCGUAGAAAGACAAUUACAGAUUUAUUCAUUAUUUGCUUGGGGGUGUAAGAAAUGCUUCUUUCCCUCCUCCAGCUUGUCCAUGCUAUAUAUAUUUUUAAUAAAUUGCAUUUUCCAAAAAACAGGAACAGAGCGCAUAUUUAACCCCUCCCCCCCUUCCCACUUACAACUUCAUACCAAAUACAGCAUGUAUACAUAUACUAUAUGACUUCCCUUCCACGCUUUUCCUGGUUCCUUUGCUUUUCUACUGCUCUGCGUAAUCCACACCUUUUUAAUCAUCCAGUUUGUUAUCUAUUAAAUACUCUGUCUAUUUCAAGUUUGCUGGAUCAAGACCUGCCAAGCUAUGUAUUUGUCUAUAAAAGUAAAGGGUAAAGGGACCCCUGACCAUUUGGUCCAGUCGUGGCCGACUCUGGGGUUGCGGCGCUCAUCUCGCUUUAUUGGCCGAGGGAGCUGGCGUACAGCUUCCGGGUCAUGUGGCCAGCAUGACUAAGCCACUUCUGGCGAACCAGAGCAGCGCACAGAAACGCCGUUUACCUUCCCGCUGCAGUGGUACCUAUUUAUCUACUUGCACUUUGAGGUGCUUUCGAACUGCUAGGUUGGCAGGAGCAGGGACCAAGCAAUGGGAGCUCACCCCGUUGCAGGGUUUCGAACCACCGACCUUCUGAUCAGCAAGCCCUAGGCUCUGUGGUUUAACCCACAGUGCCACCCGCGUCCCUCUCUUAUUUGUCUAUACUCGUUCUUAAAAUAUUCAAUAAACAUUGUCCAUUCCUUCUUAUAUUCUUUAUCUUUGUUUUCUCUUAUCCUGUUCGUCAGACCAGCCAGUUCAGCAUAUUCAAACAUUUUACACUGCCAUUCUUCCUUAGUGGGUACUAGACUUGUUCUCCACCUUUGUGCCGAUAAGGUUCUAGCUGUGGCUGUGGCGUAUAGUAAUAAACUAUUUUGAGUUUUUUGGGGGCUUCCAUUGUUACCAUCCCCAAGAGGAAAAUCUCAGGUGUUUUGGGGAAAGUUUUUUUUAAGUAUCUUUUUUAAAUUCAUUAUAUAUAGUUUCCCAAUAUUCCUUAAUUAUUUUACAGGACUACCACAUGUGGGGGGAAAAGAUCCCUCAUUUUCAUUACACUUCCAGCAUACAUCUUUUUUCUUUUUUAGACAUUUUCACCAAUCUGGUGGGUGCUGAAUACCAUCUGUGAGCCAUUUCCCUCUUUUCUUUCAUCGCAUAACAUACCAUAAAAUUCAUAUUUAUUUGCCACAACUUUCCCCAUAAUUCAUAAUCGAUAUUGUGACCUGCGUCUUGUGCCCGUUUAAUCAUGCUCGAUUUCACAGAUUCCUCUUUAGUUUCCCACUCCAACAACAGUUCGUACAUUUUUGAGAACACUUUUAUAUUUGUAUCUAAUAAGUCUUUGGUAAGCUGAGAAUUGAGGGAUGCGGGUGGCACUGUGGGUUAAACCACCGAGCCUAGGGCUUGCCGAUCAGAAGGUUGGCGGUUCGAAUCCCCACGACGGGGUGAGCUCCCGUUGCUCGGUCCCUGCUCCUGCCCACCUAGCAGUUCAAAAGCACACCAGUGCAAGUAGAUAAAUAGGUACCACUCUGGCGGGAAGGUAAACGGCGUUUCCGUGCGCUGCUCUGGUUCGCCAGAAGUGGCUUAGUCAUGCUGGCCACAUGACCCGGAAGCUGUACGCUGGCUCCCUCAGCCAAUAAAGUGAAAUGAGUGCCACAACCCCAGAGUCAGCCACGACUGGACCUAAUGGUCAGGGGUCCCUUUACCUUUAAGCUGCGACUUUUGUUCUGCAAAGAAGACGAAGAAGAAGAGUUUGGAUUUGAUAUCCCGCUUUAUCACUAGCCAGUAGGUGUAGUCGUCAAAGCGAUAGCUAACAUUCUGGACCAGGUUCGCCUUCCGCUCCCCACAACAAACAGCUGCUGUGAAGUGAGCUAGGGCUGAGUCAGACUUCUAGAGAAGUGUGACUCAGCCCAAGGUCACCUCAGCAGCUGCUUGUUGUGGAGGAGGCAGGGAAUGCGAACCUGGUUCUGAGAUUACUGAGGCUAUCGCUGCUUAACCACGACACCACAUCUAGCUCAUUCCCCCAUAUACAUGCAUAUGGCUGUGUAGGCUCCCCUUCGAGAAGAUAUACCCACUUAAUGAUGUUUUGGGUUGGAGGCAGUAGGUGCCGUUCCACAGUGCAGACGGCUUUGGAGAAAGAGAUCUGCAGAGCUGCUUUCAAGCCGCUCAUUUAAUCUACAGCAGCUGCGGGAACCGUUGGUCCUUCGGAUUCUGCUGAGCUCCAACUCCCAUCAGCACCGGGGAAUGGCCAGGAAUGAUAGGAGUUGUCGUUCUUCAACAUCUGGCGGUCCAAAGGUUCCCCACGCGUGAUCUGUAACGCAUGAAGCAGCCCUCACGAAGGAGCGGACUGCAAACCGCCUGGCAGGGUAUGUCAAGGCAGACUCUGAGACAAUGCCCUCUGCCGGCUAAUGAAAGAACCGUUUUGUUUUCCUGUGCCCGAAGCUCUGAUGGACAUGGAGUUGGUCUUGAAGAAAGUCAUAAAAGAACGGCAGGGGAAAAAUCUCAGCCGAGACAUCUUCAUAGACGCUUUACUGCAGGGGAAGCUGAGCGACAAGCAGGUAUCUACAUCUGUGCUGUAAUUAACCAUUAAUGGAAGUCCCGCUAGACCCGCUGGUAAUUGCAUUCUGCUGGGCUUGAUUAAUUUAAUUGCCUGCAUUGUUUCCCCCGAAUUUAAUCUUCAUCCGAGAGAGGAAGAGAGAGGGGUGGGGGAGGGUUUUCUCCUUUCACAACCUUGAAGCUUUAAAUACCGUAUUUUUCACUCUAUAGGACACACUUUUUCCCCUCCAAAAAUUAAGGGGAAAUGUGUGUGCGUCCUAUGGAGCGAAUGCAGGUUCCUUGGCUUCAGCGAUAGCAACGCGAAGCCUCCAAAGCGCAGAGGGAGCGCUCCCUCCGCGCUCCAGAGGCUUCGCGUUGCUUUCGCUGAAGCCUGGAGAGCGAGAGGCGUCGGUGCGCACCGACCCCUCUCGCUCUCCAGGCUUCAGGGAUAGCCCCCUUAAGCCUUUGGAGCGUAGCAUGAGUUCCCGCUGCAUUCUGGAGGCUUCAGGUUGCUUUUGCUGAAGCCGGGAGAGUCUUGCUCUCCCGGCUUCAGCAAAAGGAACCCAAAGCCUGAGGAGCGCAGCAGGAACUUGCGCUGCGCUCGGAAGGCUUCAGGGAUAGCCGCAUGCAGCCCCUCUGGCAGGGAGAGGUUGCGCGCAGCCUGUACGCUGCUCUUUGGGUCUGGGGGGGGAAUAAGAUUUUUUUUCUUGAUUUCCCCCUCUAAAAACUAGGUGCGCCCUAUGGUCCGGUGCGCCCUAUGGAGCGAUAAAUACGGUAGAUAGAUUUCUAUUUGAUUGCUCUCUUUGCUUUUGUCCCGAGAGAAGCGUUUGAAGCAGCUACGUCUGCUUAACAUGGCUCCAUGCAGCGUUGACCUUUGUGGGGGAGUGGCUAGCCCGCGGCUUGCAAGGCAUGCUGGUCCAAGUCUUUCAGGUUCCAUGUUUGAACCUCAGGCCGCCAUCUUGGAAUCCUUGAGCAGCUGGCAUUUAAAGGCCGCUGUUGUGACUCGUCCUCCUGAGUGAGCCAGAAGCACCUUCUGUUCCAAGCAUGACUUCCUCCCUGGAGGGAACCGCCAACUCAAGUCGAGUGAGCAUGUUUCUUGGCAAGGUCAUUGCUCGUCUGAAGGAAGACCCUUUGGGCAAGCAGUCUGGGACCUUUAAUAAGGCACAGCAUUCAUGACACCAACUUGAGUUCAAACCCCACUCAGGGGAAAGGGACAGGGUUGGGGCCCCCUUGCCAGUUUGAAAAGCCACUCAUGUCGGGAGCAGAAGAGAGGGUGAUCCUGAGACUCGAAUGUACGACAUUUGCUCCAUAGAGCAGCUCAUUAGCCAUUUGACCACCACAGCAGUUGAGCACCUUCGCUGGUACAGUGGUACCUUGGUUCUCAAACUUAAUCUGUUCCAGAGGUCCGUUCCAAAACAAAGCGUGCUUUCCCAUAGAAAGUAAUGCAAAAUGGAUUAAUCCGUUCCAGACUUUUAAAAACAACCCCUAAAACAGCAAUUUAGCAUGAAUUUAACAGCAAUUUAACAUGAAUUUUACUAUCUAACAAAAUCAUUGAUCCAUAAAAUGAAAACAAUAAUCAAUGUACUGUACUAUAAAGUAAAAAAGACAGUAUUCUGGAUUAUAAAAAUUAAAAUUAUUAUUUUUUUCUUACCUGCAUUGAUGAUAGUCAUUGUUUGGAUGGGGGGGCUUUUAUCCAUUUCCGCAGUCACACAAUCAAUCAAUCAGUAGCUGAACUGGGUUCCACUGAGUCACAAAAACAAAUUAACCAAAAAAGCCUCAAAAACACAAAAUAAAUAGCAAAAGCGCCAACCUUAAUCAGUUCCGGAAGUCCAUUUGACUUCCGAAAUGUUCGAAAACCAAGGCGCAGCUUCUGAUUGGUGCAGGUGCCCCGGAAACAAUAGCAGACAGCCGCAUUGGACGUUCAGCUUCUGAAAAACGUUCAAAAACCAGAACACUUACUUCUAGGUUUUCAGCGUUUGAGAACCAAGGUACCACUGUACACCCUAUUGAACACAGUGGUUCACAAAUAUGAGGGUUCUUUGUGUAUCUGUGUAGGUUUUUGAAUGUUUGCGUGACGUUGCACAUUUUUUCUACCCCGAACAUCUGUAAAGGGGCUAUGGAAGAUAAGUCAUUCCUGCUGUUCCCAAGUUUUUCCUACUAUAUCUGUAAUUAAUAAGUAUAGAAUUAAUUCCAGGUCCUAAUAUUGUUAUUUUUUUACAUAUUCUAAACAAACUAUUUAGAAUAUAUACUAUUAAUAACUAGAGCGAUUACUCAGAUCCUGCUAAUUUAUUAUUUGUCCCCUCAGCCAAGAUUUUGGAUGGGAUAGUGACAAUUUUUACCAUGUACUGAUUCGGUCUCCCUGAACCAGACUUUGUUUCCUAGAUUUUGGAAGACACAAUGAUAUUCUCGCUGGCAGGGUCCAUAAUCACAGCUAAGUGUAAGUACACAAAACGGAACAUAAAGCAUUGUGCAACUGACGGGCGUAGGCUUGUGCCUGUGAAAACUCAAGACACAAUAGAUUUUAGUCUUCAAGGUCCUAGGCCAAUGGAAAUAUAGACAGUUGCCCAUAGGACCAAGCCUAGUGAUAGGUGAGCAACGGCAAAGAGUGUAUUAUGUUGGGACUCUGAAGUGAGACCCACGUAGCAGAAGUUGCGCCUAGUUCCAUUCUCUACACAGAGGCAGCUUGAAGUCCAAAAUAGUUUACUGGGGCAGAAGAUAAGGCUUCAGUAAUACAGUUCCAGACAUUGAUAUAGGCAUACAGCUUGUUGGCUUUGCAGAUACAGAUAUAUACAAAUAUUUCUGUUGAUGCAACAGUUCAGGACUUAACACAGACUCCGACUCCCAGACAAACCCACUGAUUGACCAAUGAACUGACAUAUGCCUUAAUCAGCUGGCUUGGCUGAGACAGAGGGCUUUCUUGGUAGUGGCGCCCACCCUGUGGAACACCCUCCCUGUAGAUGUGAAGGAAAUAAGCAGCUAUCCUAUCUUUAAAAGACAUCUGAAGGCAGCCCUGUUUAGGGAAGUUUUUAAUAUUUAAUGCUGUACUGUUUUUAACACUUGAUUGGGAGCCGCCCAGAGUGGCUGGGGAAACUCAGCCAGAUGGGCGGGGUAUAAAUAAAUUAUUAUUAUUAUUAUUAUUAUUAUUAUUAUUAUUAUUAUUAUUCUACACCUGUGGGCUUAUACAUGGGUUGAUUUGUGCCCAAGAAGGAAAUUAAACCCUUCCUCCAUGUCCAGUUCUUGCAACAUACUAUGGUUGGUGAAUUAGGACUAGGAAGUCUUGGGUUCAAAUCACUGCUCAGCCAUGAAGCUUAAUAUUGCCAGCUGCCCUGUGAUCCUUGCAUGAAGGAUAGUACAGAAAUUUAAUUAAUUAAAAUGGAUGACCUUGGGUCUUUGCCUUUCCAGGCUAACCUACCUUGUAGAGUUGUCCCAAAGAUAAAAUGGGAUAUCCCCACAUAUGAAGGACAGAAUAUUAUUUUGAUCAUUAUAUCAGAAUCAGGUUUCACUUGAUUGGAGUGGCUUGAGUAGGGGUGAGAUUGGUCCCCAUUCAUCACAUGAAGCCAUUUUCUACAAACCACAGCCAACUGCCCCUUACCCAAUGCUGUACAUGCCAUUGGGCAUGGCGCAGGUAGAGACAUGACUGCAGAUGCAUGGUCAUGAGCCUUAAAAGUACGCUUUUUGUUGCGUGCCGGCGAGGGAGGCUUGCUGUCACAGACUGUCAGCAGAUCGGUGGUACGAACAAGCCAGCUGGGAUAAUGGAGCUCUCGGUAGUGCUGAAGGAAUGCGUUUCCCAAAUCUAAAGCCUGACUGUGCAGUCAGUCUGAAACGGGCCCCAAAAUCCCCAUUUUUCCUUCUCCAAGGGUCCAUUAGCUAAAAACCAUUAACUUGAGCACUUGAGCCAAUGUAUAACAAGAACCCAGCUGUAUAAACAAAACCCUCUCCUUUAUCAGUCCGUGACGCUUAAUGGAUGGCCUUGUCAGUUCCGAAGUGGAGACGGGACAGCAGAGCUGGGGCUUAUCUUAUCUUGUAGGUUGUAAAUAUCCUGACACACUGACACACAGACUCUGCAAGACAGGGUCUGUCAGCCCCCACAGCUGGAGAUAGAGAUGGCGUCAAGGGAAACUCCUAUAGCUGAGGGACCCUCUUAACCCCAAGAUAAGAGUACAGGAACAGGAACAUCUGUUUAUGGUCAUGGAUGUCAACUUACGUGUAUGAGCGUACGAGGCUGGAUUCCUGGGGAAGGGGGGAGAGGGUGCCUGGAGGAUAUAUAUACUGCGUGAAAUUUCUCUUUCUUCGGACUUGCUGUGAACUGACCACGCAAGUGCCUUUCUGCUACUCCGGAGAGCAGAAAUCAAGAACUCUUUCUCUGAAUCAACCUCGGUGUCUUUUGACUCCUUCCUCCCUCUCUGGGAGCAACGCUCACCCUACCAAUCGGUAAAGUCUAAGAAGGCUACAGUGCAGCUGACCCCUGCCUUAAAUGGGGCAUGGGGAAACUUCUACAGGCUUGAAGUUGCAGAUAGGUGGAAACAUUAAACCUCACUUGGCUUAGUCCCCCGUCCCCCCGCGCGGUUUGCCAUGCUGCAAAGGAAAAAUUGGUUGCCUGACACCAUAGCGAUGUCAGUUGAUUGACAGGUAGGCAGUCUCCCACCCGCCUGUCGAAAUGGCCAGCCCGUGGGAAUGAUCCAUAUCCCUGCUCUAGAAAUUUCCAACUCCUUCAAAAGCUAUUCUAGCAUAGGGGCUAUGAGCUAGAAGUCUAUCAUCUAAAUCUGGGCUCUGCUUUAAACUCACUGGAUAGCUUUCAGCAAGCUACUAUCUCCCCAGCCUCCACCUACAAUGUGGGAAUAAUAAUAAUAAUUGUCUACUUUUUACAGGGUGGUUAUAGCGCUGGCUGAAUCUUACAUGUGGCGCACUUAGGCGAAAGCACUCCAUACUUGCUAAGUAGCAGCCAUACUUCAAAAGAACUCUUUAGGCUUUUGAAAUGUCCUUCUGGUUUUUGCAAGCAGAUAUUUUCAUUUCCCCAGAACAGCUGUUUCCUCUUUGUGGAUAGCACUGCUUCGUAUGAUCUGAUCUUUACAUUCUGCGUUUUUGCUUUCUUUUCUUAGCUACCGUACAGGAACUGUAAAUCGAAAGGAAGAAAUUGCUGACUUAACAUAUCCUCUCGUCUUUUUCUUUUUUUAUAUAACAGUGUGCACCUGGGCAGUUUAUUUCUUGACUACCUCAAAAGAAAUUCAGGAGAAGCUUUACAAGGAGAUGGACCAAGUUCUUGGAAAAGGUCCAGUUACACCUGUGAAAAUUGAGCAACUCAGGUAUUCACUAGGUUGUGUGUGUGUUUUAUGGCUGUGCUUGGGACUCAACAGCUACAACUUUACUGAUAACCUAACCAGUUUUGAGAGCAGGAUUGUACCACACACCCCUGCACCUCUUCCACGCUGUUGCAGUUUGGCAUGUAGGAAUCUCACGCAGGCAAAUUCAGCUUGUGCAGUUAAAGACGAUUUGGCGCUUGUGUGCAGCAACAUAGCUGUCAACCGUCCCUUAUUUGGCGGGAAACUCCCUUAUCCCAGCGCCGUUUCCCGCUGCUGUCCCUUAUUGAUGGAUGUCCCUUAAAUUUCCCGGGUUUCAAAGGAAGCAGCUCCUCUCCCUCCCUCCCUGCUGGCCAGGGAGGAGGGAGGCUCCAACUGUGUUGCUUGGCUGCGUUGCUCACCCAAUAAGGAGUCUAAGAACGACUGGGGGGUGGAGCUUGCAUGCCUUGUGCCGAUCAAAUCAGCCGCCUUGCCUGGGGACUUGCCUUUGCUCAGCGCUUCCCAGCGGAGAGGUGACGGUGGUUUUCCUUGCUGCAUCCCCUUUGCCGGGUUGCUGUGCUGUGGGAACCACCGCUUGAGGCUUCGUUUGGCUGCUGGCUGGGCUUUCUGCCUUUGGCUCGGAGGGGCUCAGAAGUUGAACAUACCUGUGCUCGGAAUUGGAUGGAUACGUCAUCGAUGGCCCACUCACCCUUGCUGGGGAAAAGGUCUGUCUGGAGCGGGGGCACAUGGGGGAAAAGGAAAGGAGCUGGUUGAGUUCAAUAGCGGGCGGUGAUCUCAUGGGGGGGGCUUUUGGAUUUGUUUUGGAGGCUGCUUCGAUUGACUGUUAUGGGGGAAAGGAAAGGAAAGGAGCUGGUUGACUAAAAUCCCUUAUUUUGGCUGCUGAUCCCUUAUUUUCGAGGCUGCUGGUCCCUUAUUUUCAAAUCUGUAAGUUGGCAGCUAUGUGCAGCAGACCUACUUCCAAGUAGACACCUGACUUAUUGCAGUAAAGAAAGUGAUAGGAAAAGUCCCGGGCGAAUUUGGAUUGCAGUUGGCUUGAUGCAAUGUCAUCCUAUAGCCUCUCUGCAAAUAAAUCUGAAUGAAGGCCUUACAACCUUCCCACGAGUUUUAUGCAAACAAAUCAGGAUGAACGCUCAAGAAGCCGGUCAUCCAGACUGACCUUGCACUCCUUCUGUUACCCUCUCUUACACCAAUUUGCUUCCUCCUUUCUACGUUUUGAUUAAGUCCAGCUAUAACCAUGGUCAACACAAACCAGAACUGAAGUGGGUUUGCAAACCCUGGUUAGGAGGCAAGCUUGUAACAUUAGGCCCUGAUUUUUAAGCAAAUCCAUGGACCAGAAGUGGAACUGAAUGAAGUACGAAUGAAUGGGCAUGGAGUACGUGAGCCCCACAUCAAAACCUGUGCUUCUUUUCUUCAAAGCAUGGUUAGCAAUUUGGGAAUGUUUUGUGUCUGUGUUCUGGCCAGUCAAAAUGCAAUUUGUACGCUAAUGGAUUGAUCCUGAUACAAGUUGCGCUUGUAACUUAACAUGAAACCCUUGGUUUUUGCCCUUACAGAAUCUAAGAAGCCAGCUUCAGGAGUCUGAAGAAGUGUGUCCGAUGGGGUUUUCAUUGUUGUUGCCGCCUUUUUCUUGCUUCAAACGAAAGGCUUGCAAUGGGUUUCUCUGUUUGCAGAUAUUGCCGGCAGGUUCUGUGUGAGACGGUGAGGACAUCAAAACUGACACCAAUUGCGGCUCGGCUGCAAGAGCUAGAGGGCAGCGUUGACCAGCAUAUUAUUCCCAAAGAGGUAGGACUGGAAGCUAGCGCUCAUAGCCUCCCUUUCCUUUAAUCAGAGAAAAGUAAUGGUUAAGGUUUGUUAAAGGUUGGAAAAGUCUCAGAGACGUUUUGCAUGAAAAAGAAAUAACGAUAUUUAGAUUUGAGGACUGAAAAUAAUGUUUGCUCAUAGAAAGUGGAUUUGUUGGGUAUUAUAUUGGAUUAGGGAUGCGGGUGGCGCUGUGGGUUAAACCACAGAACCUAGGACUUGGCAAUCAGAAGGUCGUGGUUCGAAUCCCCGCGACGGGGUGAGCUCCUGUUGCUCGGUCCCUGCUCCUGCCAACCUAGCAGUUCGAAAGCACAUUGAAGUGCAAGUAGAUAAAUAGGUACCACUCCAGCGGGAAGGUAAACAGCGUUUCCGUGCACAGCUCUGGUUUGCCAGAAGCGGCUUAGUCAUGCUGGCCACAUGACCCGGAAGCUGUAUGCCGCAACCCCAGAGUCGGACACGACUGGACCUAAUGGUCAGGGGUCCCUUUACCUUUACCUUUAUAUUUGAUUGGAUGAAGCGAAUAUUGUUUUUAUACAGCAGACAUAGGGAGAAUCAGAAGUUCUUUACUUUCUGAAUCUGAAUCAGAAGUUCUUUACUUUCUGAACGCCAGCUCCCUUGGCCAAUAAAGCGAGAUGAGCACCGCAACCCCAGAGUCGGCCAUGACUGGACCUAAUGGUCAGGGGUCCCUUUACCUUUACCUUUAUAUUUGAUUGGAUGAAGCGAAUAUUGUUUUUAUACAGCAGACAUAAGGAGAAUCAGAAGUUCUUUACUUUCUGAAUCUUAUUUUUCGCCUCUUUCUUUCUUUCUAUCUUUCUUUCUUUCUUUCUCUCUUUCUCUAUUUCUCUCCCCCCCUCCUUUUAUGUUUUUAUUGUAUCUAGAUCAAAGUCUUAGUUUGGUUCAAAAAAGGGGAAAGAUACUAAGUUUUGUAUUUUUCCUCUAUAAGCCUUAAUAAAAUUUAUUUUUUUAUAAAAAGUAUUUUUUUUAAAGUCUCCCUUUCCUAUGGAUGAAAGCUAAUAUUUUGUUUUUAUUAUAGGAAUGCUUAGGUAGAGGUUUAUGCAUGAGGUUAAGAAACCAGGGUGUUCUUUUUCCUGUAAGCCAGGCUAUCAGAUCACCGCUAUCAGACCCUUCGUGUAAACCACAAUUUAAAAGGAAAUUUCCUAAGUAAACUUGGUUUCCUGUAUUACCCAAGCUAUGGUUACUGGCUUCAUUUAAAUCAGGGGUAGGCAACCUAAGGCCCGGGGGCCGGAUGCGGCCCAAUCGCCUUCUCAAUCCGGUCCACGCAUGGCCCGGGAAUCAGCUUGUUUUUACAUGAGUAGAAUGUGUCCUUUUAUUUAAAAUGCAUCUCUGGGUUAUUUGUGGGGCCUGCCUGUUGUUUUUGCAUGAGUAGAAUGUGUGCUUUUAUUUAAAAUGCAUCUCUGGGUUAUUUGUGGGGCAUAGGAAUUCGUUCAUUAUUUCCCCCCUCCCCCCCAAAUAUAGUCCGGCCCACCACAUGGUCUGAGGGACGGUGGACCGGCCUACGGCUGAAAAAGGUUGCUGACCCCUGAUUUAAAUGGUACAUUCACAUCCUCCCUCAUCCUGACCCCCUCCCCCAAGCUGUGUAAAGGUAAAGGGAACCCUGACCAUUAGGUCCAGUCGUGACCGACUCGGGUUGCACGCUCAUCUCACUCUAUAGGCCGAGGGAGCCGGCGUUUGUCCGCAGACAGCUUCCGGGUCAUGUGGCCAGCAUGACUAAGCCGCUUCUGGCGAACCAGAGCAGCACACGGAAACGCUGUUUACCUUCCCGCUGGAGCGGUACCUAUUUAUCUACUUGCACAUGAUGUGCUUUUGAACUGCUAGGUUGGCAGGACCAAGCUGUGCUUGCUUGGAGCCAAACCCCACUUUUCUCUAGGCAAGCAUGCUCAAGAUUGCAUCCUGAUGUCCGCUUUAGCAGAGAGCUUCAAAGCAUUCCUCGCAUCCAAAGGGAAGGCUCAAAUGAGCCAAUCUGAAAGACAAACUAGAAUAAGACGUCUUCCAUAGGUCUUGUUUUAAUCAGCUUGCCUAGAAGUUUCUAUCUUAUUUCCAUUCAUAAAACGAAGCCUGCAGGGCCUGGUUUUUUUUUUGGUUUUUUGCAUUCCUUCAUUGAAAUACAUUCCACCACCACCCAAAUAACAGCAGUGUCUUAUUGCUGGCUUUCGCUAGCAAAAUACCCCCCCCCCAAAAAAAACCCCACUCCUUUCAAAUUUAACAACUGGAAAUUAGACUGGUUCACUUCAAAUUCAUUCUGCAAGGUGGCUGGAUUUUGCAUGAAUAAAGCUUAUUCAGCUGACAUUCUGUACCAGUUUGCUUGGGAGAAAGGCCUGUUGAGAGGCACAGAAUCCCACUGCAAAGCCCGCAAAUGCAGCAAAUGUGUCCAGCAAAUGUGGUGUGUCAUCUGACCUGGCUAAAGUGAUGCAUUUUUCAUUUCGUUUCAGACUCUCGUGCUGUAUGCGCUCGGUGUGGUGUUACAUGACAGCUCGACUUGGCCGUUGCCCUAUAAGUAUGGAAACACAAGUAACUUUAUCUGUUUCUGUCUUUCCCCUUCCCUUCCGGCUAAUUUUGCCAUGUGUUUCUAAAUGGAUGGUUGGGUUGUAAUAAUAAUAAUAAUAAUUUAUUUAUACAUACAUACAUACAUACAUACCCCGCCCAUCUGGCUGGGUUUCCCCAGCCACUCUGGGUGGCCUAUAGCAAAAUAUUAAAAUACAGUAAUUCAUCAAAUAUUAAAAGCUUCCCUAAACAGGGCUGCCUUCAGAUGUCUUCUAAAAGUCAGAUACAGUGGUACCUCGGGUUACAUACGCUUCAGGUUACAGGCUCCGCUAACCCAAAAAUAGUGCUUCAGGUUAAGAACUGACACCAAUUGCGGCUUGGCUGCAAGAGCUGGAGGAUAAGAACAGAAAUCGUGCUCCGGUGGCGCGGCGGCAGCAGGAGGCCCCAUUAGCUAAAGUGGUGCUUCAGGUUAAGAACAGUUUGAGGUUAAGUACGGACCUCCGGAACGAAUUAAGUACUUAACCCGAGGUACCACUGUAGUUGUUUAUUUCCUUGACAUCUGAUGGGAGGGCAUUCCACAGGGCGGGUGCCACUACCAAGAAGGCCCUCUGCCUGGUUCCCUGUAACUUCACUUCUCACAGUUAGAGAACCGCCAGAAGGCCAUUGGAGCUGGACCUCAGUGUCUGGGCUGAAUGGUGGGGGUGGAGACGCUCCUUCAGGUAUGUUUUUGUUUAGUCGUGUCCGACUCUUCAUGACCCCAUGGACCAGAGCACGCCAGGCACUCCUGUCUUCCCUUCAGGUAUAUUGUAUAAUCAUACCUCGGCUUGAAGUAGCUUCGGGAUAAGUAUUUUCGGAUUGCACGCUGCGGCGACCCGGAAGUAACGGAGCGUGUUACUUUCGGGUUUCGCUUCUCGCACAUGUGCAGAUGGUCAAAAUGAUGUCACACGCCUGCGCGGAAGCGGCGAAUCGCAACCUGCCCAGACGCGAGUUGCGUUUGCUUCUGGAUGUGAACAGGGCUGCAGAACGGAUCCCGUUCGCAUCCAGAGGUACCAAUGUACUAUUUUAGAGGCAAGGGGGAGGACUGCAUGUUGGAAUUCUCCCCAGUGUUGUUGUUGUUGUUUUAAAAAAGCCCUGCGCAUGGAAAAAUAGCAUGUGGAAAAAGAAGUCUUCUCUUGACCUGGCUUCCCAGGAUAGCUCAGUUGGUAGAGAACGAGACUCUUAAUCUCAGGGUUGUAGGUUUGAGACCCAUACUGGGCAAAUGUUUCCUGCAUUGCAGGGGGUUGUACUAGAUGACCCACAAGGUCCCUUCCAACUAAGGGACCCUGUGGGUCAUCUAGUCCAACCCCCUGCAAUGUAGGAAUAUGCAGUUGUCCCAUACGGGGAUUGAACCUGCAACCUUGGCGUUAUCGGCACCACACUCUAACCAACUGAGCCAUAGCAGCCAAGGGAAUAUGUGAUAACAACAACAACAACAACAACAACAACAAUAAAUAAAUAAAAAUAAUUUUAUUAUUUAUACCCUGCCCAUCUGGCUGGGUUUCCCCAGCUACUCUGGGCGGCUCCCAACAGAAUAUUAAAAAUACAUUAAGACAUCAGUCAUUAAAAGUUUCCCUAAACAGGGCUGCCUUCAGAUGUCUUCUAAAAGUCAGAUCCAGUGGUGCCCCGCAAGACGAAUGCCUCGCAAGACGAAAAACUCGCUAGACGAAAGGGUUUUUCGUUUUUUGAGCUGCUUCGCAAGACGAUUUCCCCUAUGGGCUUGCUUCGCAAGACGGAAACGUCUUGCAAGUUUGUUUCCUUUUUCUUAACACCGUUAAUACAGUUGCGACUUGACUUCGAGGAGCAACUCAUAGAACGCGGUGUGGUAGCCUUUUUGAGGUUUUUAAAGACUUUGGUGAUUUUUGAAGCUUUUCCAAAACUUUCCCGACACCGUGCUUCGCAAGACGAAAAAAAUCGCAAGACGACAAAACUCGCGGAACGAAUUAAUUUCGUCUUGCGAGGCACCACUGUAGUUGUUUAUUUCCUUGACAUCUGAUGGGAGGGCAUUCCACAGGGCAGCUUACAUAAAAAAGUGGUAAAACAUUAAGACAUUAAAAAAUUCCUGAUACAGGUUUGCCUGUCGUCUGUAGGGAAUGAGGCAGUCUUUCAGGUAUUCGGAGCCUAAGUCAUUUAGGACUUUAAACAGUAACGUGAACACCUUGAACUGGGCCCGGAUAUGAACUAACAACUGGUCUGUUGUGCUGCUUGUAUGGGAUGGCGAGAGGUGAAAUAGCCUAUCGCCAUAUGCUUGAUGCUCUGGAAAUACCGUAUUUUUUGCUCUAUAAGACUCACUUUUCCCUCCUUAAAAGUAAGGGGAAAUGUGUGUGCGUCUUAUGGAGCGAAUGCAGGCUGCGCAGCUAUCCCAGAAGCCAGAACAGCAAGAGGUAUUGCUGCUUUCCCUGCACAGCGAUCCCUCUUGCUGUUCUGGCUUCUGGGAUUCAGAAUAUUUUUUUUCUUGUUUUCCUCCUCCAAAAACUAGGUGCGUCUUGUGUUCUGGUGCCUCUUGUAGAGCGAAAAAUAUGGUAGCUUACAGCUGUAUUGCGUUAGACCUCUCCUCGAUGCCUUCCUUUUUAACAGACGGGAGGUUUUAGAAGUGCGGGAGAAUCAAACUCCCCACCCCACCAGUCCCAGGAAAUGGUUCUGAACGUGCAGUUCAGUUCUGUAUUUUUUUGAACCUAAUUAAACAUCAUGGGUGAGGCGAAAAGCCCCUUUUGUUAAGACAGAUUUGCUUUCAAACGCAGGGCUUUGCAAAUGUGUUCUUGCAAAAUGCUUUUGGUGGCAUUUUUUUUAAAAAAAAAAUCAAUAACUUCCUUUUCUGAACGUUCAUGACCUUCUGUGGCAAAUGCUGUGUGCAGGAUUUUCUUUUUAAAAACAGGUCGCUGUGAGAAGGAGAUGUCGCAAUCGCAAUUCAUAAUGAAAUCUGUGGUUCAGAGGAGGAAACAUCAAUCAUGGGUUUUUGUUUUUAAGGAAAUAGAGGUUCUACCUCAUUAUUUCCAGACUCAUUUUUAUGGAUUCUUGGCUUGAGAUCUUGACUUCUGCAUCAUAACAGGAACUGCUCUAGCGCUCUUUGGCCUCCAGAUGGCAACUUUUUUAAUAGUUUGGGCACCGUGGCUCUGGGGUUGCUUACCGAUUUCAGUUCAGGGCGGAAACACAGUAGGGCUUAAUCUAAAGAAAUAAAUUCAGUCCAAGGGCCCCUGCUCUCUCUCCGGCAGCCAUAGCUUUCCUCUUGGAAAAAGGAAGCAGAUGAGCAACACAGCCAAUAAGAAUCGUAGGUGCUGAUAUAGUCUCCAGGAGUUCCACAGGAAGAACUGGAAGUGCAAGUGCUGUUGUCCCUUUUAAAAAAUGAGGGCACUGGCUGAGAGCUAUAUGGCAAGGAUGUGGUGAUGAUGUCAGUGUGAUGAAAGAAAUUAUGGGUGGGGGGCAGGAGUAUGGGAAGUGGAAGCAACUCUUGACAGGGAGACUCUGUCAUCUCCUGCAAAUCCUGCUGCAUAGGCCUGGUCCUGAAAGCAGCCUAUGCCAGACCCAAAAAGCAAAAAAAAUGAACUUUCUUCCCUAUACGGCAGCUACUAAUAGCUGCCUGUUCUGAUUGUCUCUAGGUUGGCUUUUAAAAAGUUGGCAGUAGGGAAUUCAGCAAAUAUGAGCUGAAUUUGCUGUUUCACUGCAAAUCCCAGCUGGCUUUUAAGAAAAGGGUGCAACACUCAAACAUCUGAAGGUUUGAAGAAUAAAAAAUAAAUAAUUAUUUUCACGCCCAGAGAAAUACCAUGCAUGCACAUAUAGCACAUGUGCUGCAACACAGCCUCUACUCAAUAUUAUUUUCUGCCGUGAAUGCUCUUUCCCCUUUUUGCUUUGGAAAUAAACAGCCUGGCAUCAUCUUAAUUUUCAAUUACCAUCCAGUAACAGCCUCACUAUAACAAUAAAAAAAGGUAAAGGUACCCCUGCCCAUACGGGCCAGUCUUGACAGACUCUAGGGUUGCGCGCCCAUCUCACUCUAGAGGCCGGGGGCCAGCGCUGUCUGGAGACACUUCCGGGUCACGUGGCCAGCGUGACAAGAUGUAUCUGGCGAGCCAGCGCAGCACACGGAAACGCCAUUUACCUUCCCGCUAGUAGCGGUCCCUAUUUAUCUACUUGCACCCGGGGGUGCUUUCGAACUGCUAGGUUGGCAGGCGCUGGGACCGAGCAACGGGAGCGCACCCCGCCGCGGGGAUUCGAACUGCCGACCUUUCGAUCGGCAAGCCCUAGGCGCUGAGGCUUUUACCCACAGCGCCACCCGCGUCCCAACACUAUAACAAUACCAAAUUAUAAUACAAUUACUAAUACCAGUCAUUCAAAUACCGAAUUAUUUAACGCCUGGCAUCAUCUUACGCCUUGUCAGUUCCUCGAUGAUGGCAAGCUUAACGUUAAUUUAGACUAGGCUGUAUAAUUGCUUUUAAAAACCCACUGACCUGAUGGUGAAACAAGCUUUUCAUUCUAAUGAAUCAUCAGCUUCUGCCCAGGUACUUGUUCGCAGCCUGGCUGGGUUGAGAAAAAUUGGGAGGAAGCAUUGUGCAGGCUGGCUGGCAGGCCGCAAGGAAAGAAGAAAAGAGAGCAGAGAAAUUAGAUUGCAGGGCUUUAGAGCAAGCAGUACAGAAAUCGAGGGAGAAAAGGGUUCAGGCACACAGACACUGGGGCCCUGUAUAUUUUGUACUGAUGUACUUUCUGGCUGUCUUACAAUGGCAUUCUUGCAGACCUAGUUUUUGGGGUCAGAGAAGUUUCUGAUCCUUAUUUUUGUUCCUUCUUUCUCUUGUAGAUUUGAUCCAGAUAGAUUCAGUGACGACUCUGCCAUGAAAAACUUCUCCCUUCUGGGUUUCUCAGGGAGCCAGGAAUGCCCUGAACUGAGGUGAGCAUAUUUUUUUAUUUGGGGGGGAGCAAGAACAGAGCAUCUCUGUUUCUGUGAGGAGUGAGGCAGUGAGAGAGAGAGAGAGAGAGAGAGAGAGAGAGAGAGAGAGCGCCUUUUGGGUAGCAUUUUCUCCAGGUCAUUUUGCCUAAUGGAUUGUGUGAUCUCCUCCGUUGCCUGUUCUUGCUUUGAUCCUAGAGAUAAGAUGGAAGGGAAUUUUUCUGUCCACUCCUCUUUCUUACUCUCCACCUUGCCUCCCGAGUGACUGGGCCCUCCCUACAAAAAAAGGCUCUCUCCGGAGGGUUUGGGGUGGGGUAUAAAGGUGAAAGGACCCCUGACCAUUAGUCCAGUCGUGACCGACUCUGGGGUUGCGGCGCUCAUCUCGCUUUAUUGGCCGAGGGAGCCGGCGUGCAGCUUCCGGGUCAUGUGGCCAGCAUGACUAAGCCGCUUCCGGCGAACCAGAGCAGUGCAUGGGAACGCCGUUUACCUUCCCGCUGGAGUGGUACCUAUUUAUCUACUUGCACGUUGAUGUGCUUUCGAACUGCUAGGCUGGCAUGAGCAGGGACCGAGCAACGGGAGCUCACCCCGUUGCGGGGAUUCGAACCGCUGACCUUCUGAUCGGCAAGUUCUAGGCUCUGUAGUUUAACCCACAGCGCCACCUGCAUCCCAUGUUUGGGGUGGGGUACUGUCAUGAAAUCCUACUCGUUAUUGAUCCAGAGCAGAUUCCAGCGUAUGCCUAGCAGAGUAAAAUCUUAAAACACGUUGCGGGAUUCUAAAAAAAAUAGAGGCAAUUAAUAUUUCAUCCAGCAGAGCUUUACUGCUACUGAAGGCAAAUGAGCAUAAUGGUCACAAAUACAAUACAUUCAGGAUUGGCACUGUCCAUAAGAAAUCCAGUUGCUGCAGACUUAACUUAAACUUACAAUAACUUAUAAUAAGUCUAAAACUCAAUGCUAAGCAUACUGUGUACAGAACACAACACCAGAAGGAAGUGAGAUAGAAAGAGAAAGUAAAACGCAGGCUCCUUCUGGCCUAUUUUUAUCGCCAGCAUGACCUUGACAGAAGAGAUAACAGAACCAGUUUAAGCCAGCUGUACAGUCGUACCUCUGGAUGCAAACGGGAUCCGUUCCGGAGCCCCGUUCGCAUCCAGAAGCGAACGCAACCCGCGUCUGCGCGUGUUGCUGCUUCCGCGCAUGCGUGUGACGUCAUUUUGACCAUCUGCACAUGCGCGAGCGGUAAAACCCGGAAGCAACGCCCUCCAUUACUUCUGGGUCGCCGCAGCACACAACCCGAAAAUACUUAUCCCCAAGCUACUUCAACCCGCGGUAUGACUGUACUCAGCUUCUCUGAAGGAAUAACCCAAACAUCAGGAACCUUCUGCUUGCUUCUUUCACACAGAGAAGCUUCCAGAACCCUCUGGAAUUAAUUAGAAUAGGAAAGAUCUCUACACAUCAGAUCAAUACUAUCUGUUCUAAGAAAUGCAAACUGACAGGUACCUCCUGAACAUUGCGGGAUGGGACACAGGGAGAGGAGGGGAAUUGCCCCAAAUCCAUUUGGGGGCAUUCCCUGCUCUCCCUUAGGGUCCCACACUCCAGAGACGCGUUUUGGAGGAUCCAAAGCUCUGACUUUUUCUUCACUGAGGUCCAGCACCGUGGGCCUUCUGGCGGUUCCCUCACUGCGAGAAGCCAAGUUACAGGGAACCAGGCAGAGGGCCUUCUCGGUAGUGGCACCUGCCCUGUGGAACACCCUCCCACCAGAUGUCAAAGAGAACAACAACUGCCAGACUUUUAGAAGACAUCUGAAGGCAGCCCUGUUUAGGGAAGCUUUUAAUGUUUGAUGUAUCACAGUAUUUUAAUACAGUGGUGCCCCGCAAGACGAAUGCCUCGCAAGACGGAAAACUCGCUAGACGAAAGAGUUUUCCGUUUUGGAGGUGCCUCGCAAAACGAAUCUGCUAUGGGCUUGCUUCGCAAGACGAAAAUGUCUUGCGAGUUCCUGGGUUUUUUUUCCCUUUUCCCCCUCUUUUCUAAGUUGCUAAGCCGCUUAUCUGCUUAUCCGAUAAGCUGAUAAGCUGCUAAAAGCCGCUAAAAGCCGCUAAAAGCCGCUAAAAGCCGCUAAUAGCGCUAAUCCGCUAAUCCCGUCAAUGGGCUUGCUUCGCAAGACGAAAAAACCGCUAGACGAAGAGACUCCCAGAACAGAUUCUUUUCGUCUUGCGAGGCACCACUGUAUUUCCUGGAAGCCGCCCAGAGUGGCUGGGGUAUAAGUAAUAAAUUAUUAUUAUUAUUAUUAUUAUUAUUAUUUGCCUUCUCCUCCCCUCUGGUUACACAGGUUUGCCUACACGGUAGCUACAAUCCUGCUGACUGUGAUCGUGAGGAAACUCCACUUGCGUUCUGUAGAAGGUCAAGUCGUGGAUACCAGAUAUGAGCUGGUCACCUCGCCGAAGGAGGAAGCCUGGAUAACCAUAUCCAAGAGAAACUGAGGCGAGCCAUGGAGUUUUAUUUCAUGAGUCCUAUUAGUGCCAUCCGCCGUCUUCCGUUAUCUCACUGUAAUAAUUUUUCGGCAUUCUUGGCCUAAAAUACUUCCCCUCUUCUUUAAUGAAAAUGGCCUAAGCUAGGGCUGCUGUAUGUCCAGACUUAACCAGAAUAUGGCAGUCAGAAACGGCAUCUGGGUAAAAAUCGCUGACAUGUCCGGGAAAAUCCGGGCGUAUGGCAAUCCAUGUCGGAAGUCUAGAUUUUGGCGAAUUUCCUUAAAAACAGUUCAAAAACUUCUUUUCAUUUCGCAAUAAAAGCUCAACAACUGUUGGCAAAACUAAAAAAACAGCUCAAGAACUUUGCCCAUCAACCACUUUUGUGUCCGGAUUUUCACUUUUUGAAACAUGGCAACCGAAACACUGAAGAUAAUCAGGUUGCCUCUAACGAAACUGUAAUAUAAUCUGAAGGAUUGACAGAAGAGGAUAAUUUUGUAGAAUAGAUGUAUUGCAGACUAAGCUCCCACCACCGAAAGCUGGAAAUAAUUAGAGUUGCAAAAUAGCCGCACAUUCUGUUUUAGAUGCUCUUAUGCUGUACACACCCAAUGUGUCUAUAGGUAGGUUGAGGUAAGGCAUUUUGUAUAUGCACCAUUAAGUUCUGGCAAACUUGUUUUUAUAUAUGAAGGAACACUUUUUAUUCUUACAGGGGCGGGAAUCACUUUUUCAGGACUGUGUCGUUGCAUGGGAAAACACAAUUUUUGGUGUAACGUUUGAUGAGUUCUAGCCUUAAAUUAAGCCUUGACUUAGCUACAAAAGACUGGCUGCUAAGAAGGUCAGAUUAGAGGCCAGAAGCCCGUUUUCAAUAAGUAUAAUAUCAUAAAACCCUACCAUUGUCCUUACUUCUCCAUGAGCUGUAUUAGAGAAACAAGUUUCGAAACAGAAUUGAAAAAAUCCGUGGGUGAAUAUUCAAGAUGACAUGCAGAAGCAGAUUAGUUAGUUACAGCUUCUCAUUUGUAUGCCUAGUCCAGGCUCCAAUCCAGUUUUAAGUCAGUUGCGACUAAUCCCCAUUGAAAGCAAUGGAACACAUUCAUUGUAAGUUGGAGACACCCCAUUGCAUUCAAUGGGACUUGGACGCAACUGACUUAAACUGGAUUGGGACUGAUCAGGUUCAGGAGUGAUGCACAGCGAUUGUAUUGAUCAAUUGUCUCUGUGUUCAGGAAUAGUUCUGAACUGAAUUAAUCCAGAAGAACACACCUAAGGAUAUUGCAUUUUUAUUUUUUCAAUGGAGACCUCUGGGAAGAGCUGCUUUUCUGCCAUACAGGUUUGAGGGGCCAAACCAGCUGCACUACCAAUGCAGUGUUUUGUUUUCAAAAGUAGCUCCGAUCAAAAUGAAUCUCCGUUAUGCAUUAUCAUCAACCCGUUUUAUAUUGUUGUUGUUGUUGUUGUUUAGUCGUUUAGCCGUGUCCGACUCUUCGUGACCCCAUGGACCAGAGCAUGCCAGGCACUCCUGUCUUCCACUGCCUCCCGCAGUUUGGUCAAACUCAUGCUGGUAGCUUCGAGAACACUGUCCAACCAUCUCGUCCUCUCUCGUCCCCUUCUCCUUGUGCCCUCCAUCUUUCCCACCAUCAGGGUCUUUUCCAGGCAGUCUUCUCUUCUCAUGAGGUGGCCAAAGUAUUGGAGCCUCAGCUUCACGAUCUGUCCUUCCAGUGAGCACUCAGGGCUGAUUUCCUUAAGAAUGGAUCAGUUUGAUCUUCUUGCAGUGCAUGGGACUCUCAAGAGUCUCCUCCAGCACCAUAAUUCAAAAGCAUCAAUUCUUCGGCGAUCAGCCAUCUUUAUGGUCCAGCUCUCACUUCCAUACAUCACUACUGGGAAAACCAUAGUUUUUACUAUACAGACCUUUGUUGGCAAGGUGAUGUCUCUGUUUUUUAAGAUGCUGUCUAGGUUUGUCAUUGCUUUUCUCCCAAGAAACAGGCGUCUUUUAAUUACGUGGCUGCUGUCACCAUCUGCAGUGAUCAUGGAGCCCAAGAAAGUAAAAUCUCUCACUGCCUCCAUUUCUUCCCCUUCUAUUUGCCAGGAGGUGAUGGGACCAGUGGCCAUGAUCUUCCUUUUUUUGAUGUUGAGCUUCAGACCAUAUUUUGCACUCUCCUCUUUCACCCUCAUUAAAAGGUUUUUUAAUUCCUCCUCACUUUCUGCCAUUAAGGUUGUGUCAUCUGCAUAUCUGAGGUUGUUGAUAUUUCUUCUGGAAAUCUUAAUUCCGGCUUGGGAUUCAUCCAGCCCAGCCUUUCGCAUGAUGAAUUCUGCAUAUAAGUUAAAUAAGCAGGGAGACAAUAUACAGCCUUGCCGUACUCCUUUCCAAAUUUUGAACCAAUUAGUUGCUCCAUAUCCAGUUCUAACGUUCCAAAUUGUUUUUAGGCCCAAGUGCCUUUUUUUUUAAUCAGAGUUCCUCUUCCUGCUAACUUUUUAAACUGCAAUUCUUCUACCCAUGCAAUUAGCUUCAAUGAAAAAUAGGCAACUAAAAAUAGUCAGCAAAAUUAGUACACUAAGUUUAAAGGCUUGUGACCAGUUAGCAGCCUCGGAUUUUUAUUUUUAUUCUUUCUUUCCCUUGCUGAGCUUUCUACUUAAUGCUUGAAAGAGUCCUCUGAAUUGUGCUACAAACCCUUGCUUAGACUUACCUGGCGAGGAGGCACCUUAUUCGAAUUCCCCACCUCCCUGUGCUCCGCCUAGGGGUACCCUAUGCUUUUGUAUGACAACUACAGGCAACAACCAUUUUAGGCAUGUCCCCAAUUGAUGCACGAUUCCCAGAGCGUGGGUCCUUUUGCCCUUGGAACAGGGUUGGGAAUGGAUCUCCCAUGCAAAAUUGUUGCCAUCUGUACUGGGGUGAAUCAAGCCCUUUCCAGAAGCCGGAAUCUCUAAGAUUUUGAGGUGAGCGUUUGACUUGAUCACUGACCAGCACGAUACACUUGUUUCUCGACAUCAACACUGUUCAACUUUGGAAGAACCAAGCGAUGGGCGAUGGAAAUGCCUUAAUGCCACUUGCCGCAACUUCGUGGCCAGGUACUUUAAACCUUUUGAAUGCCACAAGAUGCCUGCUUAUCCUCCGAAAAGCAGGAAGCAGAUGACCUACUUAUACAAAACGGCCGAAACACAGCCGCCAAGGGUGCAAAAGACUUUCCAGGGCUUGUAAGAGGAUGACGGAAUCUUGAGCACCAGUAAGCAUGUUCUCAGCUUCCUAUCUGCAUUUGCAACACCUGAAGUAGGGUAUGGCCUGCUGUCUCCCAUGCAUGCGGCAGAAAGUGCGAAAACGUCUUGCAGACAUGGAGGCUCUGCAUCCGUGAUUGGAUUAUGCAGGGAGCACAUGCGGAAGAGUUUAGAUGUCUUCAAUUUUAGGCAUGCAGAGCUCUGUGUGUCUCCCGCUUUUUGCACGCAAGUUGCAGAAUGGGUUGUGCUUAGCCCAACAUUUCAGUGAGCGUGGUUUAUAAGGUGAGACUAGAGUGUGCAUUCUUUGACUUCCACUGCAGAUAGGAAUUAAGAACUUAUUUUCUCAUUACUUGAUCCCGGACUUGUUUGGGUGUUCUGUUCUCUAGCUUCCUUUCUGACUUCAUUCUUUCCUUAAAUAAAGUAUGCUUUGACAUAGUU